AUGCAGAAUAUGCGUAAAGAAAAAAAGGUCAGACUGAGAGCUCCAGUUGCUUUCAGAUACCACAAGCAAGGCGCUGGACAUCGGAGGGUGAAACGUGACAAUUUUUGUAAGAUGUCAAUAAUUGCUGAUGGAAGACUUACCAGAUGUAGACUUGGCGAUUUCUUAAAACAGGAUAUCGCAAAUCCUGUCGUUUUUACAAUGUAUCCUAGCUCUGCGUUGAAUACAAACUAUCCUUUGAAAAAUCUCAAGAAGUACCAAACGAUGGAGUUCCCAUUUUAUUCAUUUGAUUCGGCUGCUGUCUGGGCAAUGGUGACCAUUGCAACAAUCGGCUCUGAGGUACCUGUUAUGGUGUUGGAGAUCCCCAGAAAUCUGGAUUCGCUGAAGGCACACUGGAGCCGAUGGAUGCCCUAUUAUGAAGAAUGUACGGAUAUUAGGGUUCUAAAUGAUGACAAUCUUGCUAAGGUUGAUGAUGGCUCGUUAUUUACUCAAAUGCCAUGUGAACAAAUCUCAGAUCAAAAGUACACAAUUAAUCCUGAUACAUUCUACGAAAUCUACUCUAAGGCAUUUAUCCCCAAAAUAAAAAUUAAACAACCAAGAGACAUGGUGAGAAAAGAGGCAAAGGCUCCAUGUGUGAUCAAAGUUCCAGUUGCCGCUGGUAGUGAUGGUGUAAAGAUUGCGACAACUGAUCGAGAAAUUCUCGAAUAUGAAGAAAGGGUUAUGAAAAUGGGUUGGAAAGGAGAGUUAGUCUUUCAAGAACGUUUAACUGACGUAAUAGGUGAUCGUGGAGUUCAGUUAUACAUUCAUAAGGAUGGCUCUGUCAACCUUGGAGGUUUCAGCAAUCAGACUUUUAGUAGUAGCCCUGCGAGGAAUUGGACUGGAGGUAUCUUUUAUAGGACUCCAGAAGAGGAAAAAAUUAAUCUACGUAUGGUGAAAUUCCUGCAGCCUGCGAUCAAGAAGCUUCACGAGAUGGGCUACUUUGGUUAUCUUUGUUUUGAUGUCAUGGAAACACGUAACGGGGAACUGUUUCUGACCGACAUAAAUCCAAGGGUCUCGGGAUCGAAUCCUCAUGUUUCGAUGAUAGAUGGAAUGGCAGGAAAAGGAUUUCCAAUAUCGAUGUUCGUGUAUGCUGAAUCAAAAGAUUUGACAAUCAGCGUCGAGCAGUUGAUAUCUCGAGCAGACUGCCUAAAUAAGGGCAACGAUGAUGCCGUUAUAAUUAUUCUUGCGGCACAAGCUACGAAGAACGGCACAUUGAAAACGGUGAUUUCUAUAUUUGCAACUACCAAGUGCUACCUACUAAAAGCUAAAGAAAAUGCUUUUAAUUUCUCCCAGGCGUAACAGUGAUAAGAAUACAUAUCGGCAUUUUCACGAAUAAGUGACAUUUUUUCAGUAUUGUU